AUGAAUAUCUCUCAUUUUCCGUCCUUGCUGCUCCCAGGAUCCCCACAGGGACAAAACAGCAGUAAGUCAAAGGGCAUCUUGUACAACUUCUCUGACCACUGCCAGGAUUCGGCAGACAUGAUGGUCUUUAUUGUUAUCUCCUACAGCAUCGAGACUAUUGUGGGAGUCCUGGGCAACCUCUGCCUGAUAUGCGUGACGGUUAGGCAGAAGGAGAAGGCCAAUGUCACCAACCUGCUCAUUGCCAACCUGGCCUUCUCCGACUUCCUCAUGUGCCUUAUCUGCCAGCCGCUCACGGCUAUCUAUACCAUCAUGGACUACUGGGUCUUUGGCGAGGCCCUUUGCAAGAUGUCAGCCUUCAUUCAGUGCAUGUCAGUGACAGUCUCCAUCCUCUCUCUUGUCCUUGUGGCCCUAGAGAGGCACCAGCUCAUCAUCAACCCAACCGGCUGGAAGCCCAGUGUCUCUCAGGCCUACGUGGGGAUUGGGGUUACCUGGCUCAUUGCCUGCUUCCUCUCCCUGCCUUUUCUGGCCAACAGCAUUCUGAAGAAUGUCUUUCACAAGAAUCAUUCCAGGGCCCUGGAAUUUCUGGCGGACAAGGUGGUCUGUACCGAGUCCUGGCCACUGAGCCACCACCGCAUCAUCUACACCACCUUCCUGCUGCUCUGCCAGUAUUGCAUCCCGCUGGCCUUCAUCCUGGUCUGCUAUGUGCGCAUCUACCGGCGCCUGCGGAAGCAGAGGCAGGUGUUCCGCAAGGGCAGCCACAGCUCCCAGGCGUGGCAGAUGAAGCGCAUCAACGGAAUCCUUGCUGCAAUGGUGGCUGCCUUUGCCCUGCUCUGGCUGCCCCUGCAUGUGUUCAACAGUCUGGAGGACUGGUACCAUGAGGCCAUCCCCAUUUGUCACGGCAACCUCAUCUUCGUGGUAUGCCACCUGCUGGCCAUGGCCUCCACCUGUGUCAACCCUCUCAUCUAUGGCUUUCUCAACACCAACUUCAAAAAGGAGGUCAAGGCCCUGGUGCUGACUUGCCAGAAGAGCACCCCAUCGGAGGAGUUGGAGCACCUGCCCCUGUCCACAGUACACACGGAAGUCUCCAAAGGGUCUCUGAGGCUCACUUGCAGGUCCAACCCCACUUAG